AUGGAGGACACGGGUUUUGAAAUGGAACUUUCGUUCAGAUCGUUCAAUAUUUUGGGCAAAACACUGUUGCUGACUGAAGAGGGUAAAGAUGAACAUUUUUCUACCUAUACAACCAAAUGGGAUACAACCGGUAUUCUGAAGCCGACACAACGUGGUGAACGUGAAGAAGUACCAAUGGCAAUUCAGGUAAUUGUCUGUUUAUGUCAUCUGUUUUCAUCUCAGUGUUAUCCUAUUUUUCGGUUCAACAAAUCCGUUGUUUUUUUUCUAUUUCAUUAACU